AGUUCAUUCGACGAGCGUCGAAAUCUGGCCACGUCACCCUUUUCCAUCCGACUGGGGAUGACCAUGCUGGCCAACUCCGUCACCGAUGGGUACACCUUGAAGCAGAUGACCGAUAAAUUGCACCUGCCAAGUUCCAUUGCCAGAGCUUCCGAGCAAAACCGCCGCAAGUUGAUGGUGCUACAAAAGGACAAACACUUCUCGUACGCAACGAAGUUGAUUGUUCUCGGAACCGAAUCCCUAAAUCCCAAGUUUCUGGCCGCUAUGCACAAUUUUGACACUCCGGCAGAGCGACAUCCUCUUUCGAACUUGAAGUCCAUUCCAACUCUGGCGAAUCGUUGGGCGAAGAACAUGACGUCCGGUAUGGUCAGCACCGUACUCAUGGACAACGAACUGCUUCCGGACACCAGAAUGAUCCUGCUUAGUGCGACGGCUUUUGCAAGCAAGUGGGAAAAUCAGUUCAAUGUGAAUGUGUCCAAAGUGGAGAUGUUCAGCGCGUACACCACGGGGAAACUCUACAUGACCAAUUUCAUGAACUUGGAGCAUACGCUGCUUCCGGUGACCAUGAAUGAAGAUUUGAAAAUGAAAGCGAUUGAGCUGCCUUUCGAAAAAGGCAGUGAUUAUUCCUUUAUGAUCAUAAUGCCCCUGGAUAGGGAUGGCAACAUGACGGAAACGGUGGGCAGAUUGAAUCACAAAUCAUUCACAAAGCUCUACGACAGUCUCGUUCCGAUGAGAAUCUCUGUGAAAAUGCCUCGCUUCAAGGUGUCCACCGGUGUAAAUGUGAAUUCGGUCCUGAAGAAGCUACACCUGACUGCACCGUUCCAGUGGAGCACGUUCCAAAUUUUCAGACAGGAAAAGCUAACCCUGGACAAGGUCAAGCAAAGUGUAACGGUUCAGGUGGACGAGCAAGGAGUUCGGGCAGCCGCUGUCGACGCGUACGUCAUGGUCACGAGGAGUGCCCCAUUAACAUUCCCAGCUGAUCGUCCGUUCGUGUUUGCCAUUUUGAAGAAAUCGGUGCAUUUUCCGCUGUUUGUAGGACACUACGCAUAUCCAGCAAAUUCGUUACCGAUUAAACCUUAAUCAGUGUAAGUUAACUAGAAAUAAAUGUACGUUUGAGAUGUAAUGAAA